GGCCAUGCGGAGGGCGGUAGACGUGGCGGGGGCAGGCGCGCGUCCGAAGAAGCGGCAGGGGGGCGACCCCAAGGCCGGCGCGCGCCCCGCUCAGCCCUCCAGCCGGGCCCGCCCACGGAUUAAGGGGCACACAGGGGACCCGCUCGCCUCCACCGCGUCCCCAGACUUGGCCCCUGACGUCUAUGUCCUGCGGGUGAGACUGGAGGAGACUGGAGAGCUGUUCCGCGUGGCCAACUGCCGCAACGACAUGACAGUGCGGGAGCUCAAAGAAGAACUGGACCUGAUGGUCGGCAUCCCCUUCAACCUGCAGCGGCUGCAUUUCCUGGACCAAGGAAUUUUGAUGGACGAUGCCACACUGAAGUUCUACGAUGUCAUUCCCGGAGCAGUUAUUACAUUGUGUAUCUGGCAUUAUGAUGGUUGGACGGAACUAGUUUUGGCUGCCGUGGAAGGAGACCCCAGUAAGAUGUCAUGUCUUGGCAUCAGUGAAGAUACCUUCUACCGGACAGCGAACUCACAGCAUUUUAAGGGGGAGCAGUGGCGGCAGUGGACAGCCCAGAGGGCAUUUGUGGCCUUGUACAUCUCUGCUCACAGAGGCCAUGUGGAUGCCGUGCAGUAUCUUCUAGAACUUGGAGCUAACUGCCUGGCCAAAUCACCCCUGGGCAGGACGCCCCUGCACGUGGUCGCAGCCAUGGGCAGGACAGACUGCAUCCAGCCCUUACUGGAACAUGGUGCCUCCAUCCACGACAGAGACUUGAAGAGCGAUACACCCGUCACCAUCGCCAGGCGCCUGAAGCGGGGAAAUUUCGAACGCAAGAUGUUCCUUCUCUACUGGACGAUCAAGUCUGGGACCAGGGACCCCGACCUGGUAGCAAGGAAUGCUUUGGAGAGAUCCAGUGCUGGGGUCGCGACAAAGAAAAGCACAAUGUUGAUCUCCUGAGUACAUUUACCAAUCACACGACUCUGGAGCGACCUUACAGCCCCCACUGUGGCCCCCGCGGCCCUCAUCAUGGAACAAAAGAAGGGACAGAUCUAAAUCAGUCACCAAAUUGGUUGUCCUCUUACUAGCGCCUCUGGGGGGGGGUGUAAUGGAGCAGGUGAGAUCGUCUCUUUUGUAAUCCACUCUGUCCCCCACCAUGCUGACAACGCCAGCCUUUAAUUUUAAGCUCUUUGUACACUGGUGCCCAAUCACACCGGUUGGGGUGAUGGCAGCCAAUUAUCCCUCCCUUCUGAGGCCCUCUAAUGCACCAGCAUAAUGGCAGUAAUAACAGGAACGAUAAUAGCACUCCUGUUACCUCGCAGAGCGAGCACGGCCUACGUCAGGAGGGUCAUGAGCAGCGUAGGUUGGGAAUUUGUUUGUCAAACCCAUGCAGCUAACCAUUUCCGGCCAGGGAUGGGACACAGCGUAGGCUGAGCUAGCCCUUAGUGGUCUGCUGUCAGAGUACGAGGUGCAGGGGAGGGAGGGGAAGUCAGGGGUGGGGCUUGUGAGCCUCCUGUCUCCCAAGGGUUUCAUUUCUUAUCCUUGUGGGAAGGGGGCAUGUGGCCUUCAGUGGGAAGAAAGCAGCACAGGAGACAGAAAAAAGAGAGCAAGGCUGGCAACCUCUUCCUGCAGUCCCAACCCAGUGUCCCCUCAGCCUCCAUGCUCUCCCUUCUCACUGUCCCCAGCAUCUUAUCUCCCUGGGUGCCAGUUGGGAUGGGUGAACCAAGGCAACAAGCAGGGAAAUGGAGGCUAAGGCCCAAUGCCUGGGAUGGAGUACAGGGACCUAGCACCAACAGACAGGCAGGCCGGAAGUUGCUAGAUUGUUCUAGAGUGUUCUGGAGCAGAAACCCAACUCUCAUGAUAGUUUCACUCUUGGUUUUUGAAAGAUUGCCUUGAUUCCAAAGAAAUACGGAGGUGGCACAACAGUCACCUUGUCACUCCUGGUGGGCCAUAUGUUUCCCUGAAGCCCCGAGCCCUGACACAAGUCCUGGAACCCAUAUCCAUGUCAAAGGUCUCAUGGCCAUUCUUCAAGUUGCCUUGGGUGGGGUUGGGUGAGUGGCACUGUACCCUGGCUACCCUCCCAAUUUCCCAACAACAAGACCUUGCUUUAAAACU